AUGCCUGCUCUCGCCAGUGGGUCUUCUGUGCUGGCGGAGGGAGGGCAGGCAGGUUCUCAAGGGGCCGUGUUCAGUGGCCUUGCGUUAGGGUUGCUCCCUGGUUUUCGAGACUGUAUUCCGCUGUUAGAAGGAAGCGCCAAGGAGCUGCGUAGCAAAAUCUACGGAGAACUCGGCGGUUUUAAAAUUACAGAUUUGUCACUACCCAACUACCUGAUGGCUUCUUCAGUUGGGCUCCUUCCUACUCAGCUCCUGAACUCAUACUUGGGCACUACCUUGCGCACCAUGGAGGAUGUGAUUGCAGAACAAAGUGUUAGUGGCUAUUUUAUAUUCAGUUUACAGAUUGUCAUAAGCAUAGGGCUCAUGUUUUAUGUCGUUCACCGAGCUCAAGUGGAACUGAAUGCAGCUAUUGUAGCGUGUGAAAUGGAAAUGAAGACAUCGCUUGUUAAAGACAGUCAACCGAGCAUCAGUGGCUCAACCACAUACUGCAACAAAAGGACAGUAGCAUUUUCUGGAGGAGGUGUCAAUAUUGUGUGAUUUCAAGUAUUAAUAAAAUAAGGUUUUGUGAACCUAA